UUGGAGUCAUCUACUCGCCUAUUUCUGCAAAGUUGACCGCGUGUGUUUGCCCUGCAGAGCUGUCUAGGCUACCAUGACACUUGAAGCCUGAGAUUGUGAGAAGGAGUCAAAAAUCACGUCGGCUGAUAGCAUCGUGACUAACAGGCCGCCGCAAAUUCUCAACCCCUCGCUUUUGUUGAAUACUACCUCAACAGAAUGUUUACUACUGAGUCGGACGUGGAGCAGAUAUUGUUGUGCACAUAUGCCGUCCUGGCGGGGAACAGUAUCCUGAUAUACGACCAUGUGAUGACUCUACCAGAAGAAAUUGCUUUAAUCUGGCGUCGUCCAAAAGCACUGUUUGCAAUGUUAUUUCUACUCAAUCGCUAUCUCGCUCUUUUCGGCAUUACCUGCAGCAUGGUUAUGCAACCAUUUCUUGUUUCAGAUGAGGAAUCAUCAUAUGUAGUGAGUAGAAGUUUACCACGAGAAGUUCACAUGCUGAAAAGUUCAGUCAUAAUGGCCAUGCGCAUUUAUGCUCUCUACGGCUGUAGCCAACGCGUCCUUGCCUGGAUGACCAUCACCAUCAUUGCUCUUGUGGGAAUAGCUUGUGCCGUCACUUUUGCACAAGUUUCAGGUGAUGCGGCAAUCUUGCCGGGAAUUGGCUGCUAUGAAGUAUAUCCAACAGAAACGUAUGUCAUCCUCUUCGCCACUCUGCGAAUUGGGCUGGCAUGGGUGGCCCUGUUUGUCUUCGAUUUACUUAUAUUCGUCCUCACAGUGUACAAGAUUUGCAUGACUAGGGGUUUGCCGCGGUUGUCUCUGACAACCAGGAGAAAUGUUAUUGAUGUCAUGUUUCAGGAUGGUAAAUCUUUCGUAUGUCUAGCUAUGGCACUGAUUAAUAUACCAAACAUCCUGACAUACUACGUUGCUAUCAGAGGCAGUCUGUGCAAUUUCACCAGCUGUUUAUCCGUUACUCUCAUCUCUCGGCUGGUGCUUAACCUGCACGAGACCACUGACACUGGUAUUUUAUCCACCACCGUCCGAGGCGACGACUACCACCUCGAUGUCCUUACCACCAGGGUCGACGUACAGUCUGCUAUCUCCUCUCAUUAUUGGUAGCUAGCAUUGAAUUCUGUGUCUGGAUGUCAAGUUGGGAGUGAGAAGCUAUUCCAAUCCCUUUUUCGAAGGCAGCGCAGCGUGACAGGUGGUAGAUGACGCUGCAUCCCGUGCUGGCGGCUAUGCGUGCUUUAUUUAUGUCGAAUAUUGUCGCUUCUGGCUAAUUAUUGGUUAAUUAUAUCAUGUGUGCUUUCGUCUGUAACGUUAUAACCCCUGAUCGCUCAUCCUUCAUAGACUUCACAUAGACGGGCUGUUUCUCUCAUGAUGUGUG